CUGAGUCCUGACUGGAGGCGUUAUUGUUCACAUGCAAGUCAUCCUUAACAAGAGUUUCACCACCUCCGCUGUUAGAAGUCAGGAGGAAGUCCGCACUCACCUGUCAUUGUGAUCAUUUAGUUUGGAGCGCUGAACUAAUCCCGACGAAUGCAGACUGGAAAUUCCACCUUCUUUAUCAGUGAGGGGGGAAUCAGCCGGAGCAGCAUGGAGACCAAAGCAGUGAGCAAAGACAGGUUCUUCAUUGUCCUCCGUGGGAAGUCGAGGAAAGGUUUCUGUCGCGGCUGUAUCGGCCGCGUGGAGUCGGACACUGGGCGCGGGGAGCUGAUGGGGCUCAUGUACGGCUGCGGCUCCAUCGCGGGGAGUCCUAAGAGCGGGGGCUUGGUGAAGGAGGAGGACACCUACCCUCUGACCCGACACCAGGCCCAGCUGCUGCUCUACAUCUCCAGCCCCAGUAAACGCCUGGAGCUGCUGUGCAACCCUCAGCUGUUCGCAGCCAUCUGCGAGCUGUCUCAGGGCGACCUGGUGGUGAUGAGGCACAAGAGUGGCAACCUGCCAGGUGUGGUGAAGAACCUGAUGCAAAUAGGAAAGAAGGAUAAAAAAGAAGACCUGAGCAUGCUUGGCUUUGAGGUGGAAUUUCUGGAAAACGAAAAUAAUUUAUUGUCCAAGAAAGUUGCCCCCCUGCCCAUUUUCACUGCUGCAGACAUCAUCCAGGUGAUCCCAUCACAUGCUGCCCCCCUCGGACUGCACUAUAGAGAUAUCAAAACUGGCAGUCCUGGUAAGAAAAUGAUGAUGCGCAUAAGCUCCAUGCCAAAUGUUGGGACAAGCCCAAGACGAAUCAGAGAAAAACAAUCGGAGCAAAGCAUCAUUAACUACCAGACCCCGAGCCCAUCCCCUGGACCUCUGGAGGUGGGAUCCUUGGUGGAAGUCGUUAACAACCAAGGGAUCACAGUGUAUGGAGUGAUCCGGUGGAUGGGGAUCCCGGAGGGCAAGACGGAUACAUGGGCUGGAAUUGAACUGGACAUUGAAGUGAAAGGCUUCUCUGAUGGGGUGUACAAAGAACGGAGGUACUUCACCUGCAAGGGCAACAGCGCUUUGUUUGUUCCCAUCAAAAAGUGUAGCCCUGACAGCAGGUUUGUCAGUUCCUCCCCAGUAACAGAGACUUUCAAAACUACAGAAGUUCCUUCAGUUCCUCUGCAUGAAGAUUUGGAGGAAAAUACUCCACCUGUCCCCGAAUCAGAGGCAGUGUCACGAUUUGUGGGGAAAAUGAAGGGUAUUCAGGGUCAUAUAAACUCUUGUUACCUGGAUGCUACUCUCUUCAGUUUGUUUAGUUCAUCUGUAACUGUGGAUGCCAUCUGCAACAAGCCUGCUGACAACGAGCAACCAAUAACCUGCAUUCUAAAAUCAAUAGUCAAUCGCCUACGCAGACAAGGCUUUGUGCCAGCGGAGAUUGUGAUGAACUUUCGUAAAAAACUCGGAUGCGAAACCUUCAGCAAAAAUGAAAAAGAUGCUGAGGAGUUCAUUACAGUGCUCUUUCAGAAGGUGCUCUGCAUCGAGCCUCUGCUUAAGCUCAGAUCAGCAGGAGGAACGUCUCAGGGAGCCUACACCCUUCAGAUCUUUCUUGAAAAGGAGCAGAUGGGACAGACGCCCACCGUCCAAUUGCUGCUGGACACAUCCUGCAUGUCAAGUGACAUCAAAUUCGAAACUAUGCCAUCUUGUCUCAUAAUCCAGAUGCCAAGGUGUGGAAAAAAGUUUAAGAUGUUUUCUCACAUCCUUCCCACCACCGAGCUGGACAUCACAGAUCUCCUGUACAACUCUCCAAGGGAAUGUUUUAUCUGUGGACAGCUGGCUAAGUUUGAGUGUCUUCAGUGUUUACCAGAUAGCAAACUUCAACCAGGAAAAAUCAAACAGUACUGCAGUACCUGUAACACUCAGGUGCACACCCAUCGAUCCCGGUGCAGCCACUCUCCCAGGGCGCUAGCUUUACCUGAAGGUGUAGCUGCUGAUGUCCCUUUGCAGAGGCACACUAUGCAGUUGUUUGGUGUGCUUUGCAUUCAAACCAGCCACUAUGUGUCCUUCGUCAAAUAUGGCUCUGAUUCUCACUCAUGGCUCUUUUUUGACUCCAUGGCAGACAGAUAUGGCGAUGAUCAGAAUGGUUACAACAUUCCUGAGGUCCGGGCUUGUCCAGAGCUGGGUGACUUCCUCAGCCAACCAGAGGAGGAGUUGACCCGGGCCAACCCAGCUCUUGCUCCAGAGCUGGUCCGCCGACUUCUUUGCGACUCCUACAUGUUUCUAUAUCACAGCCCAGAAACAUCGGUUUCGAAGACAGGAAACGACCCUACACUUGUUUAGCACAAGGACUUGGUGUUCCACAACAACGCCCUAAUCCACUUCUAUGCACUUUAUUGCAUCCAGACAGCAGGCACUGACAUGGAUGGUUUGAACUUUACCUAAAAUGGUAGAAAUGCAGUUAAGAUUGAGCAAUUUGAAAGGUCAUACUCUUAGCUGAUGCCGAUUUGUGUGAGACACAGUCGGCUCAUAAAGCUGCAGAAUGGAAAUUAUAUUUGAAAAAAAAGAUAUUUUAUGUGUGUAUUUAUAUAUACACUCUAUUUUUAGGUUAUGCUUCUUAUCAGAAAAGAAAAAAAAAACUUUUUUUCUUUUAGGCUCCUCAAGGACUUGGAUGACAUCUUUUAUAUGGACUGAAUUUAUGUAAUGAUUUUUGUUCACUUGGACCAGUCCAAGCGCUUUAUGCCAGAGCCACUCUCCCCAACUCACACACAUACGCAGAUCUGGGUUAAGAGCUUUGAUGUGUAUUAGUGCAAGUUAGAAAUCAUGGGCUGUUCACCAUUCCCACUGAGCCACAGUCAAACGCUAUUCAUACAAAACUGUGGUUCUGAUUGCAAUUCAUGAUGUUGCAACAUGAAGACUACUGUGCUGGCUGCUGCUUCUAUUGUUGCACCUAAUCUUAUAUAUAUUUCUUAUUAAAAUGUAAAAACUACUGCAGUUAA